GCCGUCACCCACCUCCUCGCCGCGGGCUGGCGCGUCCACGCACUCGUCCGCGACCCCACCGACGCGCGCGCCCUCUCUCUCCAAACCCUCGGUGCCAAGCUCUUCAAAGGCGAACUUAGCACCCCCUCCGUCACCAACUCCACUCCCCCCUCCGCCGCUAGCACCACCGCCACCGUCCCUGGAUUAGACGCCGCAAUCGCGGGCUGCGCCGCCCUCUUCCUCAACCAAAUGCCCAAUUGGACGCCCGGCGGGGAGGCCCGCGAAGCCGCCACCAUCCUCGCGGCCGCAAAGGCGGUUGGGGUCCAGCACGUCGUGCACGCGACGGGGCUAUCCCUGAACGACCCCCAGCAUGCGGAGAAGAUGGAGGGGAGUAUUGUGGCGCCUGCGAUCCUCGGGAAAGGGGAGGUAGAGGAGCUGGUGAAAGCGAGUGGGAUCACUUACACGAUUCUGCGCCCAGGGUGGUUCAUGACGAACCUCACGCUGCCGCUCGUGGGCGUGAUGUUCCCAGAACUCGUGGCAUCGGGGCGGUUCGUGCAUUCGUAUGGCGAGGGGUGCGUGCUGCCGCUUGUGGACCCGGAGGAUGUAGGGGCGUUUGCGGCGGCGGCGGUUGAGGACCCGGCGAGGUUUGGGGGGCAGACGAUUGCGAUUGCGGGGGAGAAGUUGGGGAUUAAGGAGAUUGUGGAGUGGAUUGGGAGGGUGGCGGGGAAGGAGGUGGUGGUUGUGGAGAGGUCGGACGAG